UCAGACAAUGAGUGUGUGCAGAACGGGAACCCAGUGGUGCUGUCCACUCGUGUAAUUCAACACUAUGAGGAAGUCGAUUUGGGAAUAAGCAGCUCGAAGGAUACUGUGGCUACUUCUUCCCCCAAGACAAUGGAGGCCCGUGCUGUGGCCGAAGGCAGCGGAAAGAAUCUUGGGAAAGAAGCCAAGACCAAGGCGCCAGCUGCUAGAUCCCAUUUUUUCUUGACACUCUCUCGGCCUGUACCAGGACGUCCCGGGGACCAAGACACGGAUUCAUCGGCUGCAUCGGCGAGGCUUGAUGUCAGCCGAAGCGCAGCGCCCGAGAACAAAGACCCAAGUGAGCACGGGGCACUUCCGGUGGCAGCUGCACCAGGGCCGGCUCCAGAUAAAACCCCAGGGUGCACUGAGGCCAAACCGCAGACCCUCCCUGCCACCGACCCAUUGGCACCCUCUCCACCUGAGUCCCAGGCAGAAGCCCCGGCCCGGCCCAGGGAUUUCAGCUUUUUGAACCGAUUCUUUAAACUGGACAAGGAAAGAGAAAGUUCGCGGGUUGGCAGCCAUCCUGAAGAAGCGAAAGGCUCCGAAGACCCAGAACAGGCCACAGAGGCUCCUGCUGCUGUGCCAGGGAAGCCCCAUGGUGGCUCUGCAGGGGAGGACAUAGUCGACAGUGAGGAGAGAGGACAAGAAGUUGGCACUCUGAGUUAUUCUGUCCCUGGGGAUCCAGAGGUGCCAGGGACCACGAAGGAGGACCCCCAGGUGGUAGACGCCACAGAGAAUAGUAGCCCCAUCAUGAGCUUCUUCAAGACACUAGUUUCGCCCAACAAAACUGAAACAAAGAAGGAGCCAGAAGACAUGAAGGCAACCAAGGCAGACAGUGUCUGUGAUGGACAUGCUGGCCAGAAGAUGUCGGAGACGCAGGCUAAAAGCAAGAAGAAGCGCCUGGACAGCCCCAGGCUAGGACUCUCCUUUAGAAAGUUCUUUAGGCACAAGGACACUGAGAAUUCACCCACUACUUCAGCCAAUCUCAAGUCAGACAAAGCCAACUUCACACCCCAGGAGACCCAAGGGACCACCAAGAGUUCCAAAGGCUGCAGCCCACCAGGCCACGCGCCGCCUGUGACAACCAGCGACACAAAAGAUGGUGGCAAGGAGAAGGCAGGGCCCACCUCCCUACCCCUGGGAAAGCUGUUUUGGAAGAAGUCAGUUAAGGAGGAUACACUUUCCACAGGUGCAGAAGAUAACGUGGUAUGUGAGUCACGGGUAGAGAAUGUAAAGCUUGAGGAGGUGGAGUCCACCUUACAAACUGUGGAUCUCAAUGAAGACGAGACCCAGCCUGAACCCACAGACGUCAAAGUCAAAGAAGAAAGCAAACCCCGGAGGGCCCCUCUGAUGGCGUUUCUCAGGCAAAUGUCAGUGAGAGGGAACGAAGGGAUGACCCGCUCGGAAGACAGUAACGGGAAAGACUCCAGCUGCCAAACAUCAAACUCUGUGGAGAAGACACCCUCACCCCCAGAGCCGGAGCCUGUGGGAACAGCCCAGAAAACCAAGGAAACGACCUCGAAGGACAAGAAGUCGGUGGCCGAGAGCAACAAGCAGAAGAAUGGCAAACAGGAAGCCAGAGAACCAGCGCCGUGUGUGCAGCAGCCCACGGCGGAGGCAAGCGCGCUGCAGACUGGGGACAAGACCCAAAAGAGGUCUGAGAAGCGGCGACAGUCCCUUGGGGGCUUUCUGAAGGGCCUGGGACCAAAGCGGAUGUUGGAUGCUCAAGUGCAAACGGACCCCGUAUCCAUCGGACCAGUUGGAAAAUCCAAGUAAACAAACCACCCAGUUCCCACCGGGUUCUUCUCCCUCUCUAUCUCCUGUCCAGACCCAUGUUGUGUAUAUAUUUUUUUUUCUCCCUCUUCUGGCCAGCCAUUGAAAUUCUGCCUACAACUUCAACCUGGAUUGUUGUAGGUUGAGGUGUAUUAUUUACGUCUCUGCUCCAGUCUCUCCUGGCAUAUAAGUGUAAAAAUGGGUUAGCAGGUUGACCAGUUGAUCUGGGGGAGCUGGUGAGUGGCAGGUGUGGGAGGGAGUAGGUGGAUAAAGGCAUUUGUGUUAAGUUAUGAAAAAAUGGCAGAUAUUCAGUUAGGCGCAGAAGAAAAGUGCAUAUGAGACAAAGAAUAGCCGGCUUUGUAGCCAGGGUUGCCACAUCCUCUAAGCCCGAAGAGGGGCAGGGAGGACUGGUUUAUUUCAUUUCACACUUGGGGGGAGGAGGACUCAGGGCGGGCUCUACAUUGGGCAUCUGCCAACUUUUGGAAUAGAAUGCGGGGGCUGUAGGAAUGGGCAAGAAUUGGUUUUCAAAUAGGGUCCUGAAAGUUAUUGGUGCAUGGGGAAGUGAUUGCUGGAGAGGGCUUGCAAUGAUUUGGGGAAACAAUUACUUCUGAGGCACAGGGAGGGGCAAGGGCCUGAAUUCCCAACUUCAAAAGGAAAACAGAGCAAAAUGAAAUGAAGUUGCAGGUUCAUUUUGCAACACAAGGGGGCGCCAAGACCUCCGCUUUUCCCUUUGCAUCCAGUAACCCUAACAAAGAUUUGUUUCUGCAAUAUUUCAUUAUUAAUGUUUCUCAGAUGGCUGAGGGACUUGCUUCAUCUGUUCCGUCUGACGCUUAUCUCACGCCUGUCUAUAAUGUCCUAAUGUUUUCAUAAUGUGCUCUGAUAAAAACCCUUCCCUAACCCAGUUAAUAAAAAUUGACAGAUUAUGCGAA